AUGUCCCUUAAAUUUAUCAAUAAGUUGAAAAAUGAGCAAAAACGAGUUGUUGGACUUGGGUUCCCAUCUAUUUCGACAAAUUUUGGUGAUUUUCCAAUAGAUAUUGCCGCGGAAAUCGGCUGUGAGAUACAUUUAAUCAAGGCGAUAAAAGAAUUUUUGAAAUUACAUAAAGAAUUCGAUUUUAAACUGAUUUUAACUGAACAAGAUUCGAAAGUUUUAAAUGUGUUUGAAUUGAAGUGGAAAGAGAUAAAAGAUGAUUUGGAAGAUUUUAAAUUUCAAACAAAAAAAGGAAAUUUAUUGCAAUUAAAAAGUGAUCUUAGAAUUGAGUGUAGGUUUAUUGUCGUAGAAACAACUUGGAGAAUGAAACCAGGCACAAAUCAGUUAAGCAAACAAAUUUUUGAUGCUCUCGGAUCAAAGCUACAUGAAGAAUUAAAACGGCUGUACCCGAAGCCUGGAAUAGUUGGUGAAGCAUAUCCGGUAAAAGUCCCAAAAGACUCUGAUCUACAUAAAAGCGAAGGCAUUGAGCAGAUCAUUUUUGUAGUAUCCCCAAAUAUGAAUCCAUCGAGACCCGAUCCAGUUUCACUAGAAAAAGCAAAAGAAUUACUUAAAAAAACGUAUGAUUCUAUAUUGAACGCGUUUUGGGAGUUAACAAAUGGACAAGAAUAUCGUUCGAUUACAACCAUAAAGGAUAAUGUACAAGAAGUUUCUGCAUUUGACAUUUUGAUGAAAUCCGCAAGUAAACCUUCGUCUAAAAUUUCUCCUGAAUCAUCAAGAAGAACUCCUUCCAAAGUGGGAAGCGGAGGAUGGAAUAACGUUUUAUUGCCGUAUUGUCAAAAACCCGAAAUGUUUCCAAAAUCUGAAGUUUACUAUUAUGAUAAUGAAUUUGUCAUUAUUUUUGAUAAAUAUCCAAAAGCGAAAAAUCAUUUAUUAGUGAUACCACGAAAACAAAUUGAUAAUAUUGGAGAAUUGAAAAAACAAAAUUUAGAAUUGGUGAGGGCAUUGAAGGAAAAAGGACAGUGGGUUAUUGAAAAAAUGAAACAAGAAAAUCCAAAACUAUUUUUUCGUAUGGGAUUCCACGCUGUUCCAAGCUUAAGACAGCUCCAUAUGCAUGUGAUUUCACAAGACUUUAUUUCGCCUUCGUUGAAGAAUAAGAAACAUUGGAAUUCAUUUACAACGGAAUUUUUUAUAGAUGUGGAAGAAAUCGAAAGAAUAUUGGAAAAGCAAGGAGAAGUUAAGUUUAAUAAAGCAUAUUAUGAAGAUUUAUUGAAAUCACCAUUAAAAUGUCAUUUAUGUGAUGCGAAAUCUAUAAAAUUUAUUCCAGAUUUAAAAAAACAUUUAGAAGAACAUUGGAAUGAAAGUUGA